AUGGAGAAGAGCGUACCAAUAAGCAAGAAGCUAUGGAACCUCGUACGUUUUGUCAUGUACAUGUUACACAAAGGCAUCUCAAAGCAAAAGCUCCUGGCUGAAUUUAACGCCACUCUCAAACGCGGCAAGAAUCUCAUGUUCAACAACCGCCGCCGCGUCCCAGCCACCGCCUCCACCGUCUCGUCCCAGCCGCAGAAAGAAUACGAGUUUAGCUGCAGCGACACUCCAAACUACUCGUUCCCCUUUAGCAUGGCCGCUUUCAAGAAGAAGAGUCACCACAUUGGUCUCUUCGCCUGUGGUCAAGCGCCACCGACUCUCGACGACGAUACCUCCGCCUCCUUAGCCGUGCUGGAGCUUCUCAACGGCGUCGGAGUUCAAGAAGGCGGUAGUAAGACGCCGGCUUUGUCGGUCGAGGCUUUGAUGGCGUUGUCUCCUUAUAACUUGCCCCGGUUUGGACGGAGUUCUCCGUCAGUGAGACCUUUACGUGUGACGGACUCACCGUUCCCGUUAACGGAAGAUGGUGACGUGGCUAACGGACAUGUGGACAAAGCAGCCGAGGAGUUUAUAAUGAAGUUUUACAAGAACUUGAAUCAGCAAAAAAAGAUUGAGUUCUCACCUAAUUAAUAAAUCUUCUUUAUCAAAAAAUAAGAAAAAAAAAAUCUUCUUUUUCAUUUCUCUUCUGAAAUAUUUUCUCUCUAUUCGGCUAAAUUGGUUCUGAAGUUGUAAUAAUAUUUUUGGUGCGAGGAUUGGGAAUUAUUUUCUCAUUUCUUGAUGAAAUUAGAUUUACCAUUAUGAAUAAAAAAGUUAUUAGGUGACCAUUCUCUACAUUAGUAUGGAAAGUGUAAUGG